AUGCCGGAGUUAAGAUUUGCGGGGCAGUUUCUACGAUUUCUGCCCCUGAUCGGUUACCACCAUAUCCUCAUGGUAUUCAUUGGUCUUGCUAUAAUAUUACUAUCUCUCCUCCUAGCCGGCUGCUCCUCCUCCUCCCCACAAAUACCCACAAUCUUCCUAAUAUCCCUCUUUUAUGAAAAAUACGCCCCAGUAUUGGACACCGCCAUCGUCUCGCCUUCCAUCAACAUCGCCAUGAACAACAUCGUUGGUGGUGCACAGGCCGAGGUGCGCGUGGGUUACUUUGGCAUCUGCGUCCAGCCCACCGGCGGCGCGUUCAUUUGUAACUCAAACGCCACCGCGCUGGCGGAUAUAUUACAGCCGGAGGAAGAUCCGUUGAAUCUGGUGUGGGUUGCGUCGACAUUCAAGGAUGCAGUUGUUUUUCCGUAUUUGAUAAUCGUCGCCAUAAUCCUCGCUUUCUUCUGCUUCCUCCUCCUCGCCACCUUUCCAGCCUGGCACGAAGUGGUUGGCGAAGACGGUGAGCUACGCGAAGUGAAGCGGUUUCCCUCCAGACCCGUCUCGCAAGCGUGCCUGGCGCUGAUUUUCAUCUCGGUGGUAUUUAUCCUCGUUUCCGUGCUGUGGCAGCACACGGCGGCUGUGGCUGCGAGUGCGAUCGCGCAGGACCUGGGGAAUGGGGUUGUGAAGAGCGGGGUGGGGACGUCGGCCAUGAUACUAGGGUGGUUUGGGUUUGCGCUGCUUGUUACUGUGACGAUUGGGUUGUUGAUGAUGAUUUUGAGCAUCAGUUUGUUCGUGAAUUUGACGGACGACUGAUUUCUUCUUUUUCAUAGCUUUUGACCUUGGGUUUUGGGGUCUCUAUUAGAUUGCAUCUGUGUUUUUGUUUUUGUUUUUUACUUUUUUUCUUUUGAUCGAAUCCGUUUUGGUGGAUUUUGUUAUUUUAUGUUCGUUCCCACUUUGUUUUUAUAAGGGGUCGACGACGAUGUGAUACGACAAUGAAUAUGGAUGGGAAACAGUUCUAUGACGAAAAUAUAUGGAUGCGAUUACGGAACGGAAUGGGAUGAGAUGGGAUAGGAUAGUGUCCCUAUCUAUCUAUUUGCCAGACUCGAAUUGAAUUGCCUGAAUGGUGGAAGAAAGAGCUGGGAACUCUUGCUUGCAAAAACGAUUUAAUCCACAUUAUAUACCGUGUAAAUAUGUACAAC